CUCAGCUCCAACCGAGUUGGGUGCCUGUAGGGUAGAUGUGGAUAGUUAUUCCUGUUGGCUGGAGGUUGGCAGGAGUUGUUGAGAUCUGUCAGGUGUCGAACAUCAACCCUCAGAUGAUCGCUUGGUGUGGACAGAAACAACAGUUUUCUCAACUCUUGAGAACACGGUUCCUCUUGACAACUCCGCUUCUGAAAUAGAAAACAUAACCGUGGCUCCCUAGACACUGUGCAGGCAUCAUGAAGAUAGCUUCCUUCAACAUCCAGAAGUUGGGCUUGAAUAAAGUGGCCAAUAAGGAUGUCCUGUCCUACAUCAUCAAGAUUGUGUCUCGUUACAGUGUCAUCCUAAUCUUGGAGGUUGUAGACAGGUCUGGCAAGGCCAUGAGGACCUUCCUGGAGGAGCUCAACAGCAAACAGGAUAACAGGAAGCACCCCUACACCAUGGCACAGAGCAGCAGGUUAGGCCGAGACUCCUACAAAGAGCAGUUUGUGUUCCUCUACAGAGAGGACCAGGUGAGGCUGACUGACAGCUACCAGUAUGAAGACGACCAGGCUGGGGACGAGGAUGCGUUCGCGAGGGAACCCUACAUCUUGCGCUUCACCUGUCUCAGCACAGUCCUCAGCGACCUGGUGCUGAUCCCGGUGCAUACCCAGCCUACGGACUCUCAGAAGGAGUUGGAUGAGCUGUACGAUGUGGUCGAGGUGGUCAGGGAGAAGUGGGAGACUGAUAACAUCUUGAUACUGGGAGAUUUCAACGCAGACGGUCGCUAUGUCUCCAGGUCGGGCAUGAGGGACAUCAGGAUCCGCUCUGACGCCAAUUAUCAUUGGCUGAUAGCAGAUGAUGUGGACACAACAGCCAGCACUGCCAAUGAUCACACCUACGACAGGAUUGUGGUGUAUGGAGACAAUAUGAUGGCGGCCAUUGUUCCUAACUCAGCUAAGCCCUUCAACUACCAGCAAGAAUUCCAUCUUUCUACAGAUAUCGCUCUCAGUAUCAGUGACCACUACCCUGUUGAGGUUGAGCUGAAGAAGAAACAAAUGAGUGGCCAAGAAGCUAAGAAAAAGAGAUCCCAGACACCUCAGAGAAAGAAGACAGUUCCAAAAGCCCAGAAAAAGAUGGUUGCAGGACCAGAGAAGAAGGAGGAUGUCCAGAAACCACAAAAGAAGACAGUUUCAAAAACACGGAAAAUUGUUGCAGGACUAAAGAAGAAGGAAGAAGUCCAGGAACCACAAAAGAAAAGAGUGGGUGCCUGUAGUCUGACCCAGAGAGCAGCAAAGAGGAAAAAGUAACCGUUGAAAAUGUUCCAGAACAUACUACUCACCUAAAAUGAACAUAGCAAAAACCAAUCAGCUGUAAAAAGAUAUCAUGGUUGUUUCUCUGAAUAAAGCUGACAA